CCUCUCCCUGGUGCCUCAGGUUGAAGCUGUGGCCAGGAGUGCUUUUUACCAGCUGUGGCUGAUUUGACAACUCUGCCCAUUUCUUGAGAAUGACCUGAAAACAGUGGUGCCCCAGCUGGUAACCGCCAGGUUGGACUGCUGCAAUGCGCUCUACGCAGGUCUGCCUGUAGUUCAGAAACUUCCGUUAGUUCAGAAUGCAAUGGCCAGAUUGGUCUCUGGGGUAUCCCAGAGAGACCACAUUAUUUCUUUAUAAGGUGGAGGUUACCACUGUUUUAAGGUCAUUCAAGACGGAAUCGACCUUCCUGUUCUGGACGAGGUUACACUCCUCCAGAAAGAGCAGGUUUGUAGCUUGGGAGCACGCUUGGACCUUCCAGACCUGCCUUUGUGCAGAAGAAUGAGACAGCACUGGUGGCCUCUCUCCCGUCUUGUGGCCCUGCCCUUCUUCAGGAUUUCUCAGCAGUGAUGGACAGAGGCACUGGGAGCACAUCAGCAAGUUCUUUUAGUCCGUGGCAUGCCAUGCAUCCUGCCUGCCCUGGACUCACUUUUCCUGGCCAACUCCUUAAGAAUCUUGAACUGCAGUCCUGACCUCUCACGAUUAAUGCUGCUUUGAUGCAGCUCGGACAAGACGGUGGCGAAACAGGAGCUGAAGAGGCCUACCCUCCUUUUGCCACCCAUUGACUGUACAUUUCACCUGCCCACUCCUUUCCUCUUCUUCUUUGUUCAGACAUACCUGAAAAGGUCCUCACCCCUUGCUCUCUGCUGCAGCGUUCCUUGUUCUGAGCUAUCGGUUUCCUGACCCUGUCCCUGUCCCUACUACAGGUCUGAGUUGCUCAUCCACAUCCAUUCAUGCUGAUCUGUCCCGCCUUCCACUUCUUUUGCCCUUCUUCUUUUUAACUUCAGCUCAUCAGUAAGCUUUCUGCAGGCACAUCUUUCUUAGCUGCCUCCCAUUUUUCUGUCUCACUGGAAUCCUUGCUUUAGCCCUGCCCCACCUCUGAGGCUCCGCCUCCUUUCUCUGUUUUCCUAUUAGGACCUUGAUUCUCUUUGCAGCUCCCUUUCUCUCCCUUCAGUCUCUGUCCUUGCCAAAGGUUCGGUGGCUCCUUCCCGGCUCAGCCACGUUGCCCACCUUCCUGAGGAGAGGCUCAUAAGAUUUCAGAGGGGAAAUGGCGGCAGCAGCAGCAGCAGCAAAAACUGAGCUGAAGAAGAAUAGUGGAUAAGUGCAGGGAAAUGUCUAUUACAAAACCCCAAAGCAUUUCGAACUAGAUGUUUUUCAUCAGGGGACUACAUAAGAAGAUUAAAAAGUGAUCAAGACAACCAAAAAGUGACCAGAUGAAUUCAACAGCAGAUAUAGGGGUUUUUUAAAAAUGGAGAAAAGUGCUUAAGGGAUGAGAUAGGAAGCCUGAUGGCUACUAUCAUAAAUACUAUCUAAGCUAUCUCUCUAUAGCGAUAGAUAGAUAGAUAGAUAGAUAGAUAGAUAGAUAGAUAGAUUUGAUGUGUCAAAUGUGAGACUCCUCAAAGGAACCUGUAUAUAGAUUGACUACCUCUGGACUACUAACCUGGACACUAACCCCCUUCUGGCAUUAACAUUGCCAGAAAAAAUUAUCAUUUAAAUCAAAACGUGAUUUCUGCUAGGUCUGUUAUGAAGUGUGUGGGAGGUUCAGAAGAAUUAGAUAAUAGAAUUUAAAGUCCUCUCUGUGACUGUUAGAGCUUCUUCCAAAGGAAUACUGGUAUAUUGGGAGGAAGCAUCUAACCUGACCAAAAUAGCCUUCUCUUAAACUAGAUGUAUUUCUUAAAGGAAAUUAAUGAAACAUGUAGAGUCCCUAAUAUAGGAAGGUAAGCAGUUCACAAAUGGCUUUGGAAAUACCAUCGUAAUCAACAUAUUUGGAAUGGAAUUGCAACCAGAUGCCAUGGGUCUGCCUGGAGGCUUGGUAACAGGUUUAAGAAUUUCAGGAAGAAUAUUUUAAAAACUGGUACUCGUGGGAUUAUAUUCUGACAACGAUACGUAGCCCAAAGAAAGCCCUUCUUCCUAAAUCAUCUUCAUCAUAUUGCUGAUGUCUCUAGCGGGUUCUUUUUCACAUGGAGAAUCGAAGGGUCAGCGGGAGAGCUGCUUUGCUCAGCACUUUGCAGUCCAGGUGAGGGGAGGGCUUGGCUGGACCUUUGCUGGACGUUUCCAUGGUGACCUGGCAUGGAGCACUCUGGGCCUGCCAGCCGUUCAGACCUGAUGGACUUCCUGGCAGAGGACACAAGAGGAGAGCUCAGCUGUGGAGCUGGAGCUGGCCUGGGAGGGCCUCCGGACCCCCCGGCGCCUUCGGCACUUCCCCGAACGGCACCCGGGCCCUGCCCUCCCCUUUUGCUCCUCCAAGGCACCCAUUUCUUGCCUGCUAGCUGGGAGGGAGCUGGGAGCAGCCCUGAACUCUCCUCUGAAAAGUCCUGCUCGGACCUGGCUCGGCGUCGUGCUGAACCGUCCCGCCCUGAAGCAGGGCCCCGUCCUUCGGAGAGCAGGGGCUUCUUCUCAGAGAAACAUGCACAGCCGCCGCGGAGAGGAGCCUUCCAGCCAGAGAGCCAGAACAGGCCGGCCAAGAGCAGUGACGAUGCGGCCACCCAGGCGCUCUUCUGGAACAGCCUCCUCCAAGCUCAGCGGUGCGUCCUGGACCUCCAGGGGGAGAUUGACAGGCAGAAGGAGCCUCCGGAGCUCCCCUGCUUUCACCCCGAGGAGAAGGCCCCACCAUCGCCGGGUAUGGCCCUCUCCCUGGAGCCUUUACUUCUGGACAGUGGGAGUGAGAAGAGCUCGGAGAGGCAGGAUGAAGAUGAAGGCUCGUCAGAGGAGGAGGAGGAGGAGGAGGAGGAGGAAUACUUGUUCUACAACAAUCCGCUCUUCCAGGAGAGUCCCGGCCCCCUGACAAGAACCAUCGGCUUUGCAGGCCCAACGAUGUGGAGCCACCCAGAGAGGGAGGCUUCCCCAGAAAAGGAGGAGAGUCCUCUCCUCUCCAGGGACUGGGAUGCUGAUGUGUGUUGCCAGUCGAGCGUGGCCAGUAGCCCCCUGGCCAGGGACUCGUUCUCUGCCUUUGAGCUGGAGGCCAGAGCCGACCUGCCCCCCAGCCCUGUCCCAGCUUACCUGCCCCACUGCCGCCCCUUGUCUCCCUUGGUGAUCACGGAAGGGGACCUGGAAAGCACCUUCCCGGCUGCAGAGAGCACCCAGGCCCCCAGCUGCUUCCCAGUCCUGCUGACCCACGGCCCCUCUGGAAGCCUUCUGGACAGCACCACUGCAGGUCCCACCCUUGGCGGCACAGAUCUGCCUGGGGGAGGCCUCCUGUUCUCUGCCUCCAGCACGUGCCUGGUGUCUGCCCUGCUGCACGACGACCACGACGACGACGGGCCUCCCUCUCCUGGGGAGCUCAGCUGGCCUCCUUCCAGCUCGCAGGUCUUCUCAGCCCCGCCGAGCCUGUGGCCAGAAAACGCACCCCAUGCCUCCCCAUCCCCUUCCUGCACAUGGGUGGAGGCGCCUGAGAGAACUUCCUGUCUGGAGGAGGAAGCUGCUGCUGCUGCUGCUGCCGCCGCCAGAGAUCUGCUCUCGGCCUCGCUUGGCGCUGUCGCGAGGGAGCUGGAGUGCUCGGCGGAGGGACUGGAGAUGGUGCAGGUGCCCCCGCUGCAGGGCCAGGAGGCGGAGGAGGCGGAGGAGGAGGAGGCGGCCCCUGCCCCACCCCGCCCUGAAGAGCUCCCUCCGGGGCCCAGUGAGACCGGGGAGCCCCUGAACCCCAAGGAGCAGCAGCCGGAACCCAACGGCCUCCUUGCAAACGGUACCUCUGGAGACCAGGCGGCAGCAAGGAGGUUGGCAGCCCGCCUCUACCGCCUGGACGGCUUCAAGAGGUCCCAGGUGGCCUCUUUCCUCCGGAAGAACAAUGAGUUCAGCCGGCAGGUUGCGGAGGCCUUCCUCUCUUUCUUCCAGUUCAGCGGAAAGACUCUGGACCAAGCGCUGAGGCUGUUCCUGAAGGCCUUCGUGCUCACUGGGGAGACCCAGGAGCGGGAGCGGAUCCUCCGGCACUUCUCCCAGCGCUAUCACGCCUGCAACCCCGAGGCCUUCCUCGGCCCAGAUGCUGUGCACACCCUCACCUGCGCCAUCAUGCUGCUCAACACAGACCUGCAUGGGCAGCACGCGGGCCGGAGCAUGACCUGCCAGGAGUUCCUCACCAACCUGGAGGGCUUGAACAGCGGCCAGAACUUCUCCAAAGAGCAGCUCAAGGUGCUGUAUUCCUCCAUCCGCCAGGAGAAGCUGGAGUGGGCUGUGGAUGAGGACGAGGCACCUGGCCCGGCCACCCCGCAGCCCGCUGCCCCCAGCCGGAAGAAGAACAACCCCUUCCUGACCCUCCAGCACCACCCUGGCGCCGAGACCUACCGGCAGGGCCUGCUGGCACGCAAGGUGCACGCAGAAGCGGAUGGCAAGAAAACCCCAUGGGGGAAGAGAGGCUGGAAGGUGUUCCACACCGUGCUGAAGGGGAUGGUGCUCUGCUUCUGCAAGGAUGAGGGCCAGCCUGACGGCGCAGAGGAGCCCCUUGGGGUGCAUCACGCCCUGGCGGAGAAGGCCAGCAAAUACACCAAGCGGCCCAACGUCUUCCGGCUGCAGACGGCCGACUGGCGCAUCUUCCUCUUCCAAGCCCCGACCCCAGAGGAAAUGCACUCCUGGAUUUCCCGGAUCAACCUUGCGGCGGCCAUGUUCUCCUCCCCACCUUUCCCAGCAGCAGUGGGCUCCCAGCGGAAAUUCAUCCGUCCGAUCCUCCCGACUGCGCCCUGCAGGUCCUCCUUGGAGGAUCAGCAUCAAGCCCACGAGGACUGGAUGGACAAGAUGUCGGACGACCUCCUGGAGCACCAGCGAAACCUGCCGGACAAGCGGGGGCGCGGCCGGGACCUGGAGGAAUACCAGCUCAAGAAGGAGUAUCUGCUCUAUGAGAAGCGUCGGUACGAGACCUACGUGCGGCUCCUGGAAGUCAAGCUCAGCAGCGCCACGGAGGACCUGGACCAGUGGGAGGCCCGGCUGCGCGAGGCCGAGUCGGCCGAGGAGGAGAGCGCCGGCCUGAAGAAGUCGCACUCCAGCCCCUCCCUGAACGUGGAUGGGCUGCCUGCCGGCGGCGUCGGCGUCAAAGUGAAGCGCAACAUCUCGGAGCGCAGGACCGUGCGGAGGGUCAUCCCCCGGCGCCACAAGCACCUGCUGUGAGGGCCCCCCCCCCACUUGGCCUUGAACAAGGACUGGCUGCCCCCCCACCCGCCAGCCGCCCCCUCCUUGAGGGGCUUGAUGCUGCUUGGAGCUGGAAGCGGGGACGGUACCUGGGACACAAGCAAGCCAGCACUUGCAGAGUGUGGCCACCAGAUGGGGCGAGAUCCUCAGACUGGAGCCGUGGGGGCCCAUUCAGUCGGCAGGCCAGAGCUGGAUGGGAUCCAGGCCCAGAGCCCUGGGCAUCCUCUGGGAAAGUGUCCUGCUCGAGUUGGGGGCCAACCCUCGCCUGCUGCCUUAACCCCUGCUUGCCCCCAACUGCUCAAUUGCUGUGCAGGCAGACGGGACCUUUCUGCAAUAAACGGAGACCAACGGG